GUUUGGCUGAUGCAAUGGAAAUGACACUGGUGACAGUAGCUUUUUAGAUUUCUCCUCCGUUUGAUAAAGACAGGUGUUAGGGCACAUGUUCGUAAAUAAAAAAAAAAAAAACUGUUAAAAUAUUUUGUCAAUAAUUAUUUCUCGUCGUUUCUAUGCAUUAAUUUGGGUGUUCAGGUUUCAGCCAAGUCACUACAAGGCGUACCAACUAUUUUGUAAUCAUUUGUGAUUCUGUAACAUAAUACUGAAACACUACUGCUUAUUAUAACAUCUACACACACUUGUUUAGAUCGCUGAUGUAAUUUCCCUCACUGCCACGCAAUAGCGGAACCAUUUCUCUGCUUGCUGUGAUUCCGGGGGACAGGUUUAGAGCUGGACUUGUUCACACGCUUUGCUUGGUUGAUUAUUUUCACUGCACCAUGCCGACCGACACCAAACGUGUACGCGGCCCAGAAGUCUCCCAAAGUCCGUAUCUGUUUUUGUGCAAACCGGUGGCCGUCCUCCCCUCUCACGGCCCCAGAGCAGACGGUCGGCAGCGGGAUCAGGUGGACGUGCGGCCCGUGUUUGUCCGGUGCGGGCUGGUGAGCCAGGCUAAAGGCUCCGCGUACAUCGAGGCUGGAAACACCAAGUUAAUGUGCUGCGUUUACGGCCCCAAAGAAAUAGAGCGGAAAGAUGAGACCGAUAUGAAAUGUGGAAGGUUGACAACUGACAUGCGUUUUGCUCCAUUUUCCUGCCUGGAGAGGGGCUCCUGGAUUCAGGGCAGCCAGGACAAAGACCUCUCCCUGAUGCUGCAUGAGAGUCUGCAGCCCGCCCUGUGCCUCCACAAAUAUCCCCGCUCUCAGAUCGAGGUCAACGUGAUGGUUCUCGAGAACAGCGGUUCAGUUCUGGCCCACGCAGUCACGUGCGCUUCUCUCGCUCUCGCAGAUGCAGGGAUCGAAAUGUAUGAUCUGGUGCUUGGUUGUUCCAUACGCCAGGAUGGUGCCUCUUAUGUAGUCGACCCUUCUUACAUGGAGGAAAACAGCUGCAGCUCAGUCAGCGGUGAGAACCAGGGCCGUCUGACUGUUGCGUUCCUCCCCAGCCUGAACCAGAUAUCUGGGCUGCAAUCAGAUGGAGAAAUGACUGAAGAGACUCUGACCGCCGGGAUUCGGACCUGCAUUGAGGGAUGCUAUAAACUGUACCCGGUCAUCCAACAAGCCCUGGCCAAGGCUGUGCGCAGGGCGGCACCACCACCAUCAGAGAGCUGAGAGACUCAUGAACCAACAGCUGCUCAGUUCAUAGUUUUUCUACUUUACAGUUUUUAGUCCUUAAUUAGACAACAAUGCCCAUGUCUGUAUUUUUGCUAUUUCAUUGUCUUUACAUAUAAAUGAAUGCAUCUGAUUUCA